GGUGACUCGUCCCCCCGCGUCUCCCUGCUAACCUGCCGCGUGGCGCGCGGCACGUGCUGUGGGCGGCGCGGGACUUCCGGCCGCCCUCCCGACGCUGCCCACAGGGCCCGGCCUCGCUGCGCCGUGUCCUCAGUCCUGCCCUGCCGGCCCCGCGCCUUCUCCCUCUUCUUACCCUGGAGAGAGGGCGUGUCCCCUGCCUGGGGCCGCGGGAAGUGAACCUCCGCUCGCCGUUCUGCCACCUGAGCUCGGUGACCUGGAGGCCUGAUUAUCUCACACUUUUUGCUCCUAAAGAGCAAAGGCCUUGCCGCGCCCUUCGCCUUGCUCGGGCUGCGGGUGGCCGUGGCUGCUCUCGUUCGAGCUUGUAGAUUAGAUUUGUUGCAAACGUUCACGAUGUGUUUUGCCUUGUGCUCCAGAUCCCGUCGAAUUCCCUCCUAUGUUGACUGCAGCUAGGUUUUAGCAUAGAAAUGAGAUUUCCCACGAAACAGGUUCAGAGAGCAUUAGUGAUCUACGUGUGCUUUUUCAAGGGAGCUGAUAAAGAACUUCUUCCCAAGAUGGUUAGUACACUGUUAAACGUGAAAUUAAGUGAGACAGAAAACGGCAAGCUCGUCUCUAUACUGGAUCUACCUGGCAACAUUCUUAUCAUCCCUCAAGCCACCCUUGGGGGGAGAGUAAAAGGAAGAAACAUGCAGUAUCACUCUAACUCGGGAAAAGAAGAUGGGUUAGAACUUUAUUCCCAAUUUGUGGCUCUCUGUGAAAAAGAAUUAGCUGCUAACAGCAAGUGUGCAGAAGCUGGGGUUGUGGUGAAACAUGGCACUUACGGGAACAGGCAGGUGUUAAAGCUGGACACCAAUGGACCAUACACACACCUAAUUGAGUUUUGAAAUAUUAAAAGUUAGUUUCUACGGCUGUUUUCUGGUAUAAAAUGAUCUAGACUAAAAUUAGAUUUUCUUCCCCUUCGUCUUGAAUACACUAAUCUGCAGCAUUUUUGGACAAGAAAAUCCUCAGUCCCAUCCAUAACUCUGCAACCUGCUAGUUGGAUGACCUUACCAAAGCACCUGAACUCUGGAUCUCAGUCACUUCUCAUCCUGCUUUCCCCUACACUUCACCCAGAAAUUUGAAAAAUGCUUUCCAUUCAUUUUAUGAUCGUUGUGGAAAUGUUCUUAGGGAGGUGUAUUUAAGUAUUUUGCAAUGAAGAAUUUUGUGCAAAAUGUAGAGAAAUAUAUUUCUUAUACCCCUAAAUGUAUGUAAUAUGUAAUAAAAAUACCUGUUUUCAUUAAAAUUAGAUAAAAUCCAGCACAAACUGAUGAUAAUUUUAUCAAUUUUGUUUUACUGUUUCGGUUUUACACAUUUUGAGUGAAUACGAGAUUUACUAUUCCUUUUAAUGUCUAUGAAAAUGUAAUAAUACAGAAAUGUUAUUGUGCAUUAUAGUAUUACUUUCCAAGGACAUCCAAGUGCUUCAAAUUAUUUUAAAAACGUUUAGUUGAUAAAGGAACAAAAUAUAGGGGAUUAAAAUAUGUUUUUAUUUAAUAUACCAAUAGGUUAAUAUUCUGUUUCUUAGUUUUUUACCAAUGUAUGUCUCACUUUCUGUCUUUGGUUUUUGAAAGUUACUGCUUCAUGAAUUUAGUGUUAGUUCAUAAAUUUUUUAGGAAGUUUCUUUCUUGUUGAAUUGUAUUGCUAUAAAAGGAAGAAAAAGGGAAGCUUUCUACUGGAAUUCUUUGAAAACAAGUUGACUUGUUCAUUUCCAGAUUUGGAGCCGAUGUCAUUUUUUCUAUUAGUGAAUAUUAUGGACUGAAUGUUUGUGUUGUUGUCGCCCACCCCCCCCCCCCCCAGCCCCUCACUGCCAAAAUUCAUAUGUUGAAGUCCUAACCCCCAAUGUGAUGAUAUUUGGAGAUGGGACCUUUGGGAGGUAAUUAGGGUUAGAUGAAGUCAUGAGAAUGGGGCCCUCAUAGUGGGAGUAGUCACCUUGUAAGAGACACCAAAGAGCUUGUUCUCUCUUUCCUGACCGCAUGAGGACACAGUGAGAAGGGGGCCAUCUACAAGCCAGGAAGAGGACUCUCACCAGAAAUGGACCAUGAUGACACUUUGAUCUUGAUCUUCUAGCCUCCAGAACUGUGAGAAAAUAAAUUUCUGUUGUUUAAGUCA